AAAUUGCAACAGUCGAUAAUGUCUGCUACCAACUCUCAAUGCAUGCUUUUCCCCACAAGGCUAUCUGUGUUUUUGCAACUAUUCGGUUCGCAAAGUCCAAUGAUAUACAGCCGUAAUGCAUUUCAGUUCCCACUUGUCACAAUUUUAAAUAAACCGCGCUUGGACCCAUCGCUCACUGCAAUCGAUAGGGAUGGGGUUUUGGAUGGAGAAUAUUAAAUAUUACAUAAAUGUUGUUAAUAUCCGAAAGAGUAUAAAUGCAACAGCAAAAAAUAUUACGGAAUGUAUACUCGGAAUAAUAAGUGAUUAAAACAGAAUAAAUAGGCAUGCACAUAAAAUCGCCUUUUAUUCAAUGUAUCGAUACGAACUAUCGAUAUAUUUUGUCACAGCCGACUUUCCAUUGAAGAGUGCCACGAGAAAUUGUGCUUAAAGCUAACGAUUUGCUAAAGAAAACGAAAAAAAAUAAAUCCAGGAACGAAAAUGAACAGCCAGGCAAGCCACGGAUCCUCAACGUCUUCCAGCGCCGCUAAGAGACGCCACAGCGCCGGGCACGAGCCGGUGCACGAGUUUGGCGAACAAGUCUGGGCUGACCUGAACAGCCUGUGCAUGGACGAGCACUUCUCGGACGUGUCUUUCAUUGUGGAGGAUCAGCGCCUGCCGGCGCACCGCAUUAUUCUAGGAAAGCGCAGUAAUUACUUCCGCGACCUACUCUGCGGUGACACGGCCGAGUGCGAGGGACAGAUCGGAGUGGAUUCGCUGGAGGCAUUCAAAAUAGUCCUGGGCUACCUUUACUCGGGCACUCUGCCCAUAUCCACACUGGACCAGGAAUGCCAUCAUCCAAGUUCUCGGCCUGGCCAAUCGGUUUGGUUUGCUGGAAGUCGAGUCGGAAAUAGCCAAACCCCUGGAGGAGAAUCUGGCCGUCAGCAACGUUUUCACAAUCCUGAAUCAUAUUCCUGACCUUGAAAUGCCUCGAUUUCGUGGACAAACAGCACUUACUGCUGGAACACGACUCCUUCCAAAUGCUUUCCAAGUCUUCGCUUGAAGAAGUCCUGCGACGGGACACUUUCUGUGCCAGCGAGCGGGACAUAUUUCUAGCGGUAAGGAAAUGGUGUCGCAACAAGCCGCGCGCGUUCUUCAAGUCGGUGGUCUCGCUUGUGCGCCUCUCUCUGAUGACUGCCGAUGAUCUCCGUCACUCCAGC